CUUAAAAAAAAAAAAAGAUUCGAGUAAUAUAUACAUUUAUAUAAAUAUAAAUAUAUUCAUACUCUUUAAAACAAAUAAAAGAAAGUAAAACAUGUCAAACACGAGAUUACCAGAAGAUCUUGAGGAAUUCGUUAGCAAGGAGGUAGCUUCACUUUGUGAUGCUGAUCCUGCAGUUCUAGCACAAUACAUUGUUGCACUUAUUGGAAAUGAACCAUUGGACGAUUCCUUAAAAUCUAGCCUUGAAAGUAAACUUAAUGAGUUUUUUGACGAUCAGACACUCCCUUUCAUCGAUCGAUUGUUUGCAAAAAUAAAAGGAGAUGAUUCAAGUAAACAGUCUUCUAACAAAGAUGAACAUUUCGCUGAUUUAUCUGAUGAUGAAGAUGACGGUGAUCGUAAUUUUAAGCAUAGACGACAACGAGCUGAAUCAAGAGAAGAAUGUAGUCGUGGUGGUUCAAGUAAACGUCGCUUAGAUGAUGAAUGUUCAGUUAAUAAUACUAAUACUAACAAAUAUCAGCGUGCUGAUGAAAGAAGAAGUAACAUGAAUCCUAAUAGUAUUCCUGUCACUGGCUAUGGUGCACCAGCUUAUGAUAAUAAUAGAAAUGGUAGAGGUGCAUCCAGAAGUGUAAGAGGUGGACGUGGAGGCUCAGGAGGAAUAGCCCGUAAUCAAGGCAAUAGACCUCAAUGCAGAGAUUAUAAUGAAAAGGGAUUCUGUAUGAGAGGAGAUUUAUGCCCAUAUGAUCAUGGUAUUGAUAGAAUCAUUGUUGACGAAUCAUCUACACCUUUUUCUGCUAAUCCUUUCCCUAAUAAUGGCAAUAUACCACCUAUGGGUCCUGGUGGCCAACCUUUCUUUGCUAUGCCUGGUAUUGCAGAUGCAUAUGAUCCUGAAAGAUCUGGCCUAAUUCCUACUAAUGAGAUGGGUCAAUUCCUUCCUGUUACAGGCAUGUUACCCCCCAACAACGACAUAAUGGCGAUGAAUAAUAUGAUGCGUAACAAUAAUUUAUAUAAAGGACGUGGAGGACGUGGCACAGGACGAGGAGGAAGAGGAGGACGUGGCGGCUAUCAACGUAAUCAACAAAGUCAAAACCCACUUAACACAACAUUAAAUGUUGAGAAGAUUCCCUCUGAAUUUUGCCAGAUUGCUACUGUUAAUGAGUUUUUCUCUAAAUUUGGUACAAUUACUAACAUUAGUGUUCAACCACAUGCUCAUAAAGCUGUUAUUCAAUAUAGUACGCGCGCCGAAGCUGAACGUGCUUAUAGUUCACCCGAUGCUAUCUUUGAUAAUCGUUUUGUGAAGGUUUAUUGGGCUAAAGAAGAAAACCCCACACAAGCUUCUGAAGAAAAACCACCUGUUGUUGAAGCACCUCAACCACCUGCUCCACCUAAAGUGAACGAGCCUGAUCCAGAAUUGGUUGCCGCUCGUGCUGCUGAAUUAGCUCAAGUAAGAGAGGAAAAACAAAAAAGACAUCAAGAGCGUAUGAAGCAAUUACUCGAAAUUCAAAAGAGAAGAGAGGCUCAAUUGAAGCAACAAAUUGACGAACAAAAGAGAUUAUUGUCUAAACUUGAAAACAGUACAGAUAUGACACAAGCAGAAAAGGCUGAAUUAUUGAAGGCACUUAAAAAUAUUCAAAAUGAUAUCAAUGUUUCUAAAUCAGCUGCUGCAUCUGCUACAGCUGCUUCUGAACAUGCAAAGAAUGCAAAUGUUGAUGGAAAUGAGGGAUCUGAGGCAAAUAUAACUGAAAGUUCUGAAGAAAAAAAUAGCUCAGCAGAGACAACUGAAGAAUUAAAAAAGAAACUUGCUCGCUUAGAAGCUGAGGCUGCAGCUUUAGGCGUUUCAGGUUCCGGUUUUCGUGGAGGUCGUGGUGGAUAUUAUGGUAGAGGUCGUGGAUGGCCUCGUAUGAGAGGCGGAAUGACUAGAAUGACUUUAGAUAAUAGACCGACAAAGCUUGUUGCUAGAAAUAUCCCUCAGGAGUUUACUGAAGCUGAUUUGCACCAACAUUUUGAGCAAUUUGGUAACAUAACUACUUUUGAAAAGACUGAAACAGAGUUAUAUGUUCAAUAUAGUCAAAGAUAUGAAGCAGAGAAAGCAAUGACUUUAGGGCCUAAUUUCACAAAAGGCAAACUUCAAUUAGAUUGGGUUCCUAAUAAUACAAGUGCUACCUCUGCCAAUCUCACUACAACAGUUGCUUCUAAUGCAGAUACAAAUAGUAAUUUAACAGAAGGUGCAUAAAAAAUGGCUUCGUAUAGAAUAACAACCUUCUUGUACAUAACCUUUUUUUUUAAUACUAUUAUUAUUUUUAUACAUUUUAUGAAAUACUC